GGGCGUGGCUAGAGGAGGGGCGGAGCGCUGCUGAUUGGCUAGGAGGCAGGGGGCGGGCGCUGCUCGUGGAGACGCGGCGGUGAUUGGUCGGUCGCGGCAGGCAGGCUUCUGGAUUGGUCCGCGGCGUUCUGGCAGGUUCCAGAAGGAGGCUGAGCGGGCUAUAAAAGGGGCGCGGGCGGCGCGGCAACGGCAGAACGCGCCGCGGCAGGCAGCGGGAGCGGGUGGCGGGGACGUGACCGGGAGCCAACGAGCAGCUGAUCGCAGAAAGCCGCCGUCAUGUCUGGCAAAGGGCCGGCGAUCGGCAUCGACCUGGGCACCACGUACUCGUGUGUGGGCGUCUUCCAGCAUGGCAAAGUGGAGAUCAUCGCCAACGACCAGGGCAACCGCACCACGCCCAGCUACGUGGCCUUCACCGAUACCGAGCGGCUCAUCGGCGACGCCGCCAAGAACCAGGUGGCGAUGAACCCCACCAACACCAUCUUCGAUGCCAAGCGCCUCAUCGGCCGCAAGUACGAUGACCCCACCGUGCAGUCGGACAUGAAGCACUGGCCCUUCCGCGUGGUGAACGAGGGUGGCAAGCCCAAGGUGCAGGUGGAGUACAAGGGCGAGAUGAAGACCUUCUUCCCCGAGGAGAUCAGCUCCAUGGUGCUUACCAAGAUGAAGGAGAUUGCUGAGGCCUAUCUGGGGCGCAAGGUGCAGAACGCUGUCAUCACGGUGCCUGCUUACUUCAAUGACUCCCAGCGCCAGGCCACCAAAGAUGCUGGCACCAUCACCGGCCUGAACGUGAUGCGUAUUAUCAACGAGCCCACAGCAGCUGCGAUAGCCUACGGCUUGGACAAGAAAGGUACUCGGGCUGGCGAGAAGAACGUGCUCAUCUUUGACUUGGGAGGGGGCACUUUUGAUGUUUCCAUCCUUACCAUUGAGGAUGGCAUCUUUGAGGUGAAGUCCACAGCUGGGGACACCCACCUGGGGGGGGAGGACUUUGACAACCGCAUGGUGAACCACUUUGUGGAAGAAUUCAAGCGUAAGCACAAGCGUGACAUUGCUGGCAAUAAGCGUGCGGUGAGGCGACUGCGUACGGCUUGCGAGAGGGCGAAGCGCACUCUCAGCUCUUCCACGCAAGCUAGCAUUGAGAUCGACUCCCUGUACGAGGGCAUUGACUUCUACACUUCCAUUACUCGUGCCCGCUUUGAGGAGCUCAAUGCCGACCUCUUCCGUGGCACCCUGGAGCCUGUAGAAAAGGCCCUGCGUGAUGCCAAGCUAGACAAGGGCCAGAUCCAGGAGAUCGUGCUGGUUGGAGGCUCCACCCGUAUCCCCAAGAUCCAGAAACUACUACAGGACUUCUUCAAUGGCAAAGAGCUCAACAAGAGCAUCAAUCCUGAUGAGGCUGUUGCUUACGGUGCGGCCGUGCAAGCGGCUAUCCUCAUGGGAGACAAGUCCGAGAACGUGCAGGAUCUGCUCCUGCUGGAUGUCACCCCCCUGUCCCUGGGCAUCGAGACAGCCGGCGGGGUGAUGACCGCCCUCAUCAAGCGUAACACCACCAUUCCCACCAAACAAACGCAGACCUUCACCACCUACUCAGACAACCAGAGCAGUGUCCUGGUCCAGGUGUACGAGGGUGAGAGGGCCAUGACCAAGGACAACAACUUGCUGGGCAAGUUUGAUCUGACAGGCAUCCCCCCAGCGCCCCGUGGGGUCCCCCAGAUCGAGGUUACUUUCGACAUAGAUGCCAAUGGUAUCCUGAACGUCAGUGCGGUAGACAAGAGCACGGGUAAGGAGAACAAGAUAACCAUCACCAACGACAAGGGUCGCCUCAGCAAGGAUGACAUUGACCGUAUGGUGCAAGAAGCAGAGAAAUACAAAGCAGAGGAUGAAGCCAACAGAGAUCGGGUGGGAGCCAAGAACUCGCUCGAGUCCUACACUUACAACAUGAAGCAGACGGUGGAGGAUGAUAAACUGAAGGGAAAGAUCAGUGACCAGGACAAGCAGAAAGUGCUCGACAAGUGCCGGGAGGUGAUCUCUUGGCUCGAUCGCAACCAGAUGGCUGAGAAAGAAGAGUACGAGCACAAGCAGAAAGAGCUGGAGAAACUCUGCAACCCGAUCGUCACAAAAUUGUACCAGGGAGCUGGAGGAGCUGGGGCAGGUGGAUCCGGUGGCCCGACCAUCGAAGAAGUAGAUUAAAAGGACUGAGCACAGACUGGUUUAUGGACAGUCACUCCAUUCUUUGCUUUAUAUUUUUCUAACGUUUAAGAAAAACGUCAUUGCCAAUAACAGAGUUUAUUCUGUUGGGUGUGUAUAAAGGCAGAUCUAUCAGCUUGGUUUUGAUAAAAGGGAAGGCACGUCCUGCUUUAUAAGGUUAGUAAUAGAGAAGUUUUGUUAAUUCAGAUACAGCUACUUGUAUUCUGGAUGUUUGUCUCUGUUUAAGUGUCUCUUCUAAAGUAACCACGCAACUGUUGCAGUUGACAAGUUUCAAGUUAUGCAUGGGGAAAAAAAAAACUUUAU